AUGAAGCAUUUGUGUCAAAUGCGAAACGUUGUGUAUCCUCAUAAAUACAUUAACCGGUCGUUUACCAAGUUUUCUGAAAUGAUGUCUUCCCGAUCGGUUCCAAAUAUGUUCCAAGAUAUUGAGUACAGUUACGGACCUCGUGUUCGCAAAAUGGCGAGUGAAUUUGUGCGCCUAGCAGGCAUCGAAGCCAAUUGGGAAAAUCAUCGGAUUUUUAACAUCAGGUGUCUCAAGAACAACAUUAUUCCCAAAUCCCUCAAAGUUAAACCUCCGGAUUCUUCGUACACCUCGGCACGAAUAGCACUCAGAGCAAGCAAAGCAUUUCUGAGACAAAGAAUCUACCUAACAACUAGACGUCUGGGUGAAAUCCGCAUCCAUGCGAGCCAGCUGCGCUUGGAUUUACAGACUGCGGUGGCACAGACUGAUUAUGACAGACUUUGUGAUAAGGCCUCCGAAGUUAAGGCAGCAAGAGGACGGGAGUCGAAGGAAAGGCAAAUACGUAAGUUUGAAUACUUGAUGACUUCACAUAAUAAGGUCGAUAGUCGUACUGAUAAGCAAGUAUCUAAUAGCAACUAUUGUAGCGUUGUUAACAUGUCAGAUAGAGUGUUAAGUGUAAUAGAGCGUAGAGUUUUAGAAAAGGGUCUGAAUUUUACUAUCA